CCUGAGGUUUCUCUGCCUCAGAUGCCUUCAAGGCACAACGACGCGACUUGUUGACUCAGAACUUCACCCUGCCAUCUUCCUUCAAGGUGGCCUCAAGGCCAGACUCUGGCAUGGCAGCCAGAUUUCUCAGUGUGUUCAAAGUGAUCAGGGGGAAAAAAAAGAAAGACCCUGGAGCUGACCCAGCACAAGAGCAUGAAGAAGCGGAGCAGUUCCAGACACUGCAGGAUGAUGCAGCCCUGGACCGGACACAAGAGCAGGAACCCGCCCGUGGCCGCUUCCGCAAAAGCCUGAAGAUGUUCCGGCAGUUCCUGCGCAUUCAGCGUAGAAAGACCGGCAGCACAGCAGCUGAGGGCGCAGCCGAGCCUGACUCGGGGCUGACCGGGCUCCAGGCAGAGCCCGAUGGCAGCCCAGAUUCGGCUGAGCGCUCAGAAGACUCUGAGACCUCAGAAACUGAAACCUGGGCAAAGGCUCUUCUCACGUCAAUGACUGAGGACGUGGUCAUCACAAACAAUGACAAUGAAGAGACUCAGGGCCUUAAAACUACUGGCACCAGCCCAGAUUCACUGGAGCACUCAGAAGACUCUGAGGUUGCAAUGAAUGAUCACAGGGCAAAGGCUGACAUGGCACUGACUGAGGAUGUGGCCAUCAGAAACGCCAAAACCAGAGAGACUAAGGGCAUCACAACUACUGACACCAACCCAGAUUCAAUGGAGCCCUCAGAAGACUCUGAGGCUGCAAUGAACGAUCACAGGGCAAAGGCUGACAUGGCACUGACUGAGGAUGUGGCCAUCACAAACGCCAACACCGCAGAGACUCAGGGCCUUGCAAAUACUGACACCACGCCCACUCCCACUCUGAGUCAGGAACUCAUAUUCGACUGUUUCAAGGAGCCUUGUGUUUCUUCUCACCAGCAGCAGCAGGUGCCAGCCAAGGUGGAGAACAUCCACCAGAGUCUCAUGUCCCACGUCUCUGUGGAUGCCAGGCUGCAAACGGACAUUGUGAGGCUGGCAGAAGAACACCCUGCUGACGUGGUGCUGACCCUCCUGCGCUGUGCCCCAACGUGUGACAGAGCUGCUGCAAUGAUGUGGAAAGCCAUAGGCUCAUCGGGACCAGCACUGGAGAAUGCACUGCCAACACUGCUCUGCGUGAUGGAGGACUGGCCUCUGCACAGAAUGUGCACCUCCGAUGGGGACAACAAGGACGUUUUUGCCCUGGCUGCAACUCUGGUGAUCUGGCUGAUUGUCCAAGUGCCUGAGUGCCACAAGGCGAUCAUCCUUUAUUCCUCCCGCCUGUUUGUGGCUCUGCUCUUCCAUGUUGUCAUCACCACACAGCAGAUGCCACCAGAGGAAGUUGAUAAUUUCUGGAGUGCAUGCCAGGAGAAACACCGCCUUCCCAGCAAGCCCAACAGGUUUGCAGUGCAGGCCAUGAAGGCUCUGCUCUGCCGACUGCAGUGUGACCAUGUGGUGGUGGCUAUGGAGCGCAAGCGUGGCUGGGACACACUGCUGUGUGCUCACACCCAGCACUAUGCCGUGGGUCUGCUGGCCAGGGAGAUGCUCCGUGUUUUGAUCCCUUUGUGUUCUUGCAUCGCACUCCACUUGCUCCGGCAGCUCAGCAGGGAGGAGCCGUGCUGGGAUCUGCCUGCCAUGGCAUUCCUUGUGGAGGUCCUCGAGCGCCUGGACACGACUAAAUGUGGUGACAGCAUGCUGGAGAUUAUGUCAAGGCACCUGCAGAGCGAGUGCAGGGAGCGGCGUCGCCUGGCACUCAGAGGCCUCGUGGUGCUCAGCAAGGAUCCCUCGAUGGCCAGAAGAAUGUGCAGCGUGUCUCAAAGCCUUCUGGAUCUACUGGGGGAUACAGAUGAAGAGGUGGUCAGCAUGAGCCUCCGUGUGUUCACCAAUGUGCUCCAGCACAAAGACAUCCUGGUAUCCAGCACCACCGCCCCAAAGCUGGCUGAGGCACUCCUGCUGCUCUUUGAGCAUGACAACAGCCAUGUGCAGUUGCUCUCCAUUCAACUCAUGCACAAGAUGAUGGACUUGGUAGUGGAUGAGGGAAAAAAGCCCAUGAAGAAGAUUCUGAGUCAGGGCUUGCUCCCACUUUUCUUGUAUUGCCAUGUUGAGAACUGGCAAGUGGCAAAGGCCUCUCGGGAAACGCUACUUCGUGUGGCCAAGUUUUUGAAGAGGUGGGAUCUCGAACAGCUGGUGAAGAAGGAGCAGCUGUCAAAGUUUGCCGAGGUCCUGCUGGCAGAGGACAGGAGCCAAGUGCUCGUGCACCUGCGCCGGGCCCGGCCCUACCUGCAGAGCUCACAGGAGCCCCUGCGAGAGGCGGCCGUCAGGUUCAUGGGGAUGGCCGGGCGCAGCUCGAGGGGGCAGCAGGGAGAGCUCCAGCUGAUCUGCAAUGCCCUUCAAGCCCGGAGGCAGGAUGCCAGCCCGUCAUGCUCUAACCUGGAAAAUCAAGCCCAGUUUCCUCAAAGACCUAAAGAAUUAGGCACACCUUCUGUAUCCAGUGAACCAGUGUCCCAAGAACACACCCGGAGACAUUGAAGAGGACAUCACCUCUCAGUGCUGCUGGAACUCCUGGCAUAGCUGAUGCUGGGCACAGUUCUCGUGGCUUCAGCACUCUCCCUGCCUGUAGAUAGCUCCCUCCCUCUAGAUAGCUCCCUUCCUCCAGCCCCCAGACACUGCCCAUCACCUUUUUUUCUCUCCACAUGUCCUCCUUUUUGAUAGCUCUGCCUCACCAGCCCUCAGUCUAUCCAUCACCUUUUCUUCCCCUCCACUCUCCCUCCCUGUUGACAGCUCCCUACCUCCAGCCCUCAGACCCUGCCCAUCCCCUCUUUUCCCCUCCCCUCUCAUCUCUUUGUUUCAUCUUCCAUUAAUAAACGGUUUGGCUUCUUCA